AGUGUAAGCAGCUCCUCCUCCAUCGCCACGGCGAAGCGAAGAAGCCGCGCGCAAUCGUAGAUCCCCCUCGCAGCGAAGGAGCUGCAGAGGAUUAUCCUGCCCUUCCUUGCUUUGCUUGCUCUCUCGCUGCGAUCACUCCCCUUCCCCUCUCUUCUCUUCGUUUUGGGCUUAGUAUACUGCUGCUACAGGGCGCGUUUCUUCAGUUUAUCCCUUCCUCAGAACGUCACUAUGAUUCUGUCGGUUUGUUUUCUUGCACAGUGGAGGGGGUCAGAAUCGGCGACAAUCAAGUGAGGAGGGAAUAAUGGAUACCACGGUUGUGUUUGGAGCAGGAGCUGGAAUGUAUGAAGGCGGAUUGGCGUUUGAAAGAGUAGAGGAGGCAUAGGAGGAGAGCUGGUAAGGUGUGGUUUAGGGUUUAGUGCGUUGUGCUGCCUGUUUGCGCUGUGCGGGGUUGAAGAGUGGCAGAAUACCUCCCGAUGUGAGGUUUCAAGAGGAGGAGUGGAUUUGUUACGUGCGCAGGAUGAUUUGCAGGGAGGGGGGUUUAGGGGAUUAGGAUCAGUCGGGAGAAUGGCACAAUGGGGGUGUGAUAUGAAAUUUGAGAUAGGGGCGUUAGGAAAGUUGUAAAUGAAGCCGGUGCACUUAUGCUUAGGUUUCAAAGAAGCUUGAAAUGAGACAACUGAGGUUUUGACGUUGUCAGUUUCAGUAAUCGUAUCGUGGACUGGUAAUCUAGACAUUCCGCUAUCACAGGUGUGUUUUUCCAUGUUGAGGAGGAGCAUACGUUUAGCGAGGAGUCAUGGCAGCCAAAACUAACCGGGAAAAGGAGAAAGGGGCUAAGAAGACUCCUUCGAAGGGUGACUCAGGAGGUGCAGGUGGUAAUCCAGACUGUGCUGGAGUUAGUUCCUCCAAGGGGGGCGAUGAAUUUGCCCGGGCCGUUGCCAACACAGCAGUGGCUCAGGUUUGUGAAGGAUUAGGGUUUCAUGCCAUACAGCGGACGGCUGUGGAAACUCUGGCGGACAUAGCAUUGCGGUACCUCAGUGACUUGGGCAAAGCCGCCCACUUCUAUGCGAAUUUAUCCGGUCGAAUGCAGUGUAACGCCUUCGAUGUUAUCCUUGCAUUGGAAGAUAUGGCCCCCGGGGCCGCUGUGGACACAUCUACUCGCUGUCUUGCAAAUUCAAGUGCUCUUCGUGACGUCAUGCGCUAUGUGGAAUACGCUGAAGAAAUCCCAUUCGCCAGGCCUGUUCCUCGGUUUCCUGUUCAGAAGAAAAGGACGCCGCCCCCGACGUUUGCUCAGCUGGGAGAGGAGCCUCCAUUUCCCCACAUCCCAAGGUGGUUACCUGCGUUCCCCGACCCCCAUACCUACCAAUCUACUCCUGUGUGGGUAGAUCGGAAGAGCGACCCUCGCAUGGAUAAGCUAGAGUUGGCGAGGCAACGGCGGAAGGCUGAACGGUCCCUUUUCUCUCUUCACCUUCGUCUAUCAGCUGCGGGUGCUCCUCUGGAUGGCCCAUCCCCAGCUGGAGGAACGGCUACCACUCCUCCAGCUGGCCGCACAAUUCCAAAGAAUGCAAUUGCAGGACAUGUGACUAAUGGUACUGAUGCUCAAGCCCCCACAAGGCAGCAGUGGCCUGCAAAAGAGCCGGAAGGUGCUUUAGUGAAGGCCGGAUCAGAAGCUUCGGGGGGGAAGGGAAAAGCGAAGCGACCCAAUGCAGUGAAUCCGUUCUUGGCUCCACCAUUGCAAGCAGGAGAAAAAGAAGUAUCCCCGAUAACUCUCUCAGGAAGAAAUUUUGACAGGAAACAAGAAGUUAAUGGACAGACUGCUCUUCCAUCUGUUUUGGAUGCGUUUGCUCCCAUAUUGGAAGGUACCAUGGCUGCUCGAGAGCUUGAUGAAUCUGCUGUCAGAAGUCCAAGAGAACAAUUAGGGAGUGCAAUCCCGGGGGCAAAAGAGAGGAUGCCAGUUUCUUUAACGUUCGAUUUCGGGAGGAAGGCGCGUGCAAAGGCCGUAGCCGCUCAGCUGAGCCUGGGUAGAAGUCCUUCUCCCCCUCCCCCUCCUCCCUCGAAACGAGGGAAGGCUGGCGGGCCCGGUGUCAAGGAGGAAGAGAAAGAUGAGAAAAGGAAACGGGCAGAGCAGAUACUUGCUCAAGCUAUGGAUGAAACUGAAGAUAACACCCAUCAAACCUGAUGCUGACCAAGCUUAUUUUCCCGAGCUUAUUCACUGUUCCUGCGAAGGAUAAUGCCAGCAAACUUAAUGUAUUAGUGUCUGUUAAUUGGAGCAGAUGCACUUAAGAUUCAGGCGGAGUGAGAGGUUAUCUGUUCCCUAAAAGAACAGUUCUGAUCAUGAAAAUUUUCCUGCCAUGUUCAUCUCCCAAUUCGUACCUAGCCUGGGGACAUUUUCAGUGGCUGUUGAAUGAUGUUAGCUUCUUCAGUGUUUUUGGGAUACCGGUAACCUGUGAUGGGAUUCCCGGCAGCAAUGACCUUGUGAAGGGGUUAGAAAGAGACUCUGCAAGACUCUUAGAAUUGGGUGGUUGUGCGUAAAGGCGAUUGCAGAAGUCUUUCAAUGGAUGUGGCAUCGAACUUGGUGAGUUCUGCUAAACUCGAGGUUGCACCGGAUACCAGUCCCCAAACUGCAACAAAUUUAUUUGUAGAGAAUUGGUUCAAAAGACACUUCUUGAGCCUGUCUUGGAUAUAUUUUGUUGGCUUUUAUACUUUGAGGUGUCAUUUAGGGACUUCAUCUGGCUUUGAGUGUAGAAGAUUGUUUCCGUAUUCUGUACUUCGAAUGUUAUAUCCCCUUCACUUCUGCUUUUCGUGGCGGGACUUUAAGGAGGUUUUGAAUUGAAACCCUAAUCUUGUAAAUCGAUGUACGAGUAAAUUUUCGGAAAUUUCAUGGAACUGGUUUUA